UCCCAUGCCCCUCUCCUCCCUAAACCCUCGCCUACAUCCCUUCUUCCGGUUUCGCCCAAAACCAGUGCGAACGAAUCCUCGGGAGAUACAAUCACCAUUAGAGGAGCUAGUAGCUGGGAAGGCAACCACGGGACUGCGGCAGGCCUCUGAAGCUCCCAUCUUUUUUUUCCUUCCACUGCUCCUAUCUGAAACCAUUAAGCAAGGAUGAGCAGGGAAGAGAAUUCAUUCAAGAAGAGGGAGAAUGGAAAGAACAAGAGAAGAAAUCUUGGCACACAUCUUAAUCCUUUGGAGAAUGACACAUCUGAACAAAUUAGUCGCAGAAGGUGUAAAUAUAAGAAACCAGGAAAACAUCUCAAUGCGGCCAGCAAUGGCUUCCCUAUCGAGUCUUGUGAAAGGAGGAGAUUUGUAAAACCCUAUCCGGUUAACAACCCAUCCAAGGGACAUGCAACCGCACUCAGGAAAAGGGUUGAUCCUGAAACUGUUAAGUAUUUCUUAGAAAUUUCGAAUUUGUUUGAGAGCAAUGAGGUUGACAUGGAUGUUCGUCCGACUAUAUGCGGCAAUGCCUUGGAAGAAACUAGGGGGAAAGAAAUUGAACUCGCUACCGACAUGAUUAUAAGUCGAACCUUGCAAUGUCUUCUUGAAGGAUGUGAUUUGGAGCAGCUCUGUUCUUUUCUUCUUAGAAGUGCGGAGGAAUUCCCUUCUAUGGCUGUUGAUAAAUUUGGAUCUCAUGUUGCUGAGACUGCACUGAAGUCUCUAGCCAUGCAUCUUCAAGAUGACCAAUCUUAUUCUAUGGUUGAAGAGACAUUGCAUAAGAUAUGUCAGGUAGUUAGUGUUGAUUCCGUCAAUAUAAUGUGCAAUCGCUAUGGAUCUCAUGUCCUUAGGAGUCUUCUUUGCUUAUGCAUGGGAGUCCCAUUAGGUGUUUUAGAAGAAUUUCAUGUCUCAAAGCCAUCUUCGGUUCUCGCGGAACGGUUUAAUUGUAUGCCAGUUCAACCUGGAGGUAGAAUUCUUAGGAAUCCUCAAAACAGCUUUCCAGACACAUUCAAAUUUCUUGUCCAGGAAAUUCUGAAUAACGCCAAAGAUGAGAUUUCAACCCUGAGAACUGAAAAGUAUUGCAGUUUUGUCUUACAGAGUCUACUGAAGUUAUUAGUGGAAGAUGAUCAGGCUCUUUUGCAUGCGAUCAUGAUCUUUCUUGGCUGCCAAGAGGUGGAUUUUGUAAAAAACAAUUUUACUGAUGCUGCGAAGCAAAAGCUUGAAGGAGAAGUUCUAGGCAUGCUAGAAGAUACUGCUUCUAGUCAUCUUCUGGAGGUUAUUGUGGACGUGGCACCAGGGGCUUUGUACGAUGAGUUGUUUGAUGUGAUUUUCAAUGGGUCUCUGUUGGAUAUAUCAUCUCACCAAUGUGGCAACUUCGUUGUGCAAGCAUUUAUCUCUUCAGCAAGAACCAAAAAACAAGCCAACCUGAUCUGGGAGAAACUUGGCCCUUACUUGUGCCAACUUCUUGAGGCAGGGAAAGCAGGCGUUGUUGCUUCAAUUUUAGCUACUUGCGAACGGCUAGAGACCCAUGUCGAUGAGUUCUGCCAAGCACUUUCAGUGGCAGUUUGUCCACAAGCCGAGUCACCCGGCUGUCUUGUCCCACAUUUACUACAUCUCGACAGCUAUUUCAGAGAUAAGUCCCAUUGGCACUGGCCCUUCGGAGAUAAGAUGCAUGUAUUGGGCUGCUUAAUGCUGCAAAGCUUAUUUAAAAGUUCAAAUUCUGCAAUAAGGCCUUAUAUUGAGAGUAUAACCUGUAUGGAAGCUGUUCAUAUAUUGGAAACUGCUAAAGAUGUUGGAGGUUGUCAUGUUCUCGAGGCAUUUCUUUGUUCAAAUGCUUCCGCAAAGCAAAAAUUCAAAGUUACUACCAAAUUGAAAGGUUAUUUUGGAGAGCUUUCAAUCCACCCUUCUGGCUCUUUUAUUGUUGAGAAGUGCUUUGCAGCUAGCAAUAUCUCCAUGAGAGAGACAAUAGCAGCAGAGGUGCUGGAUGUGCAGCCCGAGCUGUCCAAGACAAAGCAUGGGCCCCAUUUAUUGAGGAAGCUAGAUAUUGAAGGGUUUGGUAGAAAUCCCGAGCAGUGGAAAUCGAGCCAACAAUCAAAAGCAGCCGCCUAUCGAGACUUCCUCGCCGCAUUCGGAGAUGCCGAUCAAGCUGCAAUAGCUCCAGAAUCUUCCCCUAAACCUUCCAAAAUGAAGCGUAAAAGGCAAGAAAUGAUAACCGGACAAGCGAAUUCAAGCAUAGAAAACCAUCCAAAUCCAACAUCUCUGCGGUCAGGUAAUGACAACAAGAGACGAAGCUCUUCGAGUUCCCAGGCCAUCAAGUUUCUAUCUAGAAAGAGUUUCGCAUCGAAUAAUAGCAUGAAAGCUAGACCAGCCAUGCAAUCCAACAAGACGAAAUCAUCGACUUACGAGCUUGCUGAUCUCGCUCUCAAAUCCAAGCUUAGUCAAGGUGACCUUCAGAAGCUGUUUGAUCCAAAAACUUUGGGCAGCGAAAAACAAAAUGGAAUCCCUUUUCUAAGGAAACAUAAUAGGUAACUCAUCCUAAUUUAUGUUUUGUUUUUCGAGCUAUUUAGGCAUGACAACAGAAGCAGCAAUGAGCAUUUUUUAUGUAAUGUAUUUUUCUUUCUUUCAACUUGGUAAUCUGCUAGGCUGUAUUACAAUUUUUUUUUUAUUAUUAAGAUAAGUUUUAAAAAGAAAAGUGGAGAGUUGCGUUAGGUAGCCGACAACCAGCUUUUUUUUUUUUUGC